AUGGAUUCCUUUUUUCAAAUACAAACCCUGAGAGAGAUGCUGGUCCUGUUCAUCCUUUUCGUAACUCCCUUCAUAGUCAAUUACUCCAUCGCAUGGAUUCUCUUCUUCACAGCAGUCCGCAGCACAGCUGCAGGAAAGAAGCCGCCGUCAUUGCCGUACAUGGUUCCGCUGCUCGGGAGCGUAGUCUCCUACGUCUUGGAUCCUCUUCGUUUUGUAACCACAGCGGGAGCCAACUGCAACCCAGAGCUCAGCCCUCUGCGCAUCAAGCUGUUCACGACAGAGGUGAUCCUCGUGCGCGGGACGCAGGACAUCAAGCAGCUGUGGCGGCAGUCAACCUGCUCGUCAUCAACAGCCAUCUUCUCGUUCGUGCUGCGCUACAUGUUCGGCAUGCACAAAGCAGCAGCUCGCCGCUACGCGCUGGACGACUCGGGCGCCGGGCCGCAGCCAUUCCCAGACAGCACCAUCGCGCCGCACAACCGCGUCGACCACAAUACGCACAAGGCGCUGCACCGGUUCCUCGAGGGCAACGGGCUGGCGCCGCUGUUCGAGCGGUUCCAGAAGCGGCUCGUGCAGCGGCUCGACGCGCUGCCCGUCGGCGAGGACGAAUGGGUUGAGAUGGACGACCUGGUUGAUUUCCUCACCAAAGAGCUGCUGCUGCCGGCCAACCUGGACGCCAUGUGCUCGCCGGCGAUGCUGCAGGUGAACCCGGAGUUCCCGCGGCUCUUCUGGGAGUACAACGAGUGGGUGGCGUGGUUCUCCAAGGGCAUCCCGCGCUUCUUGAUGCGGCGCGGGUACGCGGUAAGAGACCAGCUGCUGGACUGCGUCAAGCGGUGGCAUCAGCACGCAGCGGAGCAGACGCGGCGCAGUGGAGUGGUGCCCGAGGGCGAAGAGGACCCGUUCUGGGGCAGCAAGUUCUUCCGCGAGCGGAGACAGGUGCUGGCAAAAGUCGACGAUUACGACGACGACGCGCUGGCGAGCGAGGAUCUGGCUUCGAUCUGGGGAUUCAACACGAACGCGGUGCUGGCAAGCAUGUGGGCGGUGCUGGACGUGUUUGACGACGCGGGGCUGCUCGAGCGGGUGCGGCGCGAGGCCGGGGAGUGCGUGGGGGCGGGAAAUGAUGGCGUCGUUGACGUGGGCAAGCUGCUCCAGCAGCCCGUCAUGCAGGCCGUGUAUGCUGAGACGCUGCGGCUCCGCGUGCACGUCUACAUCACCCGCUACGCCCAGCGCGACGACCUCCAGCUGGGCAAUUGGGAAAUCCCGCGCCGCAGCACGGUGCUGGUGUGCUCGACGCCGGCGCACAUGGAUGAGACGGCGUGGAAUACAACGCGGCCGCUGGACGAGUUCUGGCCCGACCGGUUUCUCGUCUCCCCAGGCGAUCCGCACAGCGGCCCGCGGAAGCGCUCCGCUGCGGGCCCUAAGCGUCGCGACUCGGGCGUCAGUGUGUCCACCAAGGAUGAGCGGCCCGUCUUCUCGCUCGAGAACAUGGCCGAGAUGUGGUUCCCGUACGGUGGGGGCGCACGCAUGUGCCCCGGGCGCCACUUUGCAAAGCGUGAGAUCAUGACGACGUUGGCGCUGUUGGCGACAUAUUUCGAUAUCGAGGUGACGGCCGACAGGGCGGCGCGGGAGAUGCAGUGGCGCGAGUUUGGUCUGGAUCCGUCUCUCAAUCCUCUCUCCGAUCGCUUCAGUGCUUCUGCCUGGUUUGAAGCCGUCAGGGCCCGUCGCCAUCUUCCCCCGAAGCAAUUGAGCGUUUCUUUCCGUGACCUCGACGUCCAUGGCGUCCAUGAUGCCGCCGAGUACCAAAGGACCGUGGGAAAUUUUCCGCUAUGGGUUUCGCGCUCUGCCCUUCGCCGCAGUGCCCGCGUAGAUAUCCUGAAAGGCAUGGAUGGUUUGGUGCGAAGCGGAGAGAUGUUGCUGGUGCUCGGCCGCCCUGGCAGCGGCUGCUCGACGCUGCUGAAAACCCUGGCUGGCGACACUCAUGGCAUUACCGUGAGCCCUACUGCCACUCUCAACUAUCACGGAAUCCCUCCGCAUCUUCUACACACGCAGUUUCGCGGCGAGUGUACAUACACUGCCGAGAAUGACGUGCAUUUCCCCGAAUUGACGGUCGGUGAAACUCUCGGUUUUGCUGCUUAUGCAAAAGCACCCCAGCCCUCAUUGCCAGGCAUGACGCGUGAUGCCUAUGCCGAGUACAUGAAAAACGUAGUCGUUGCGUUGCUGGGACUGCAGUCGGCCGUCAACACCAAGCUGGGCAAUGAAUUCAUCCGCGGCGUCAGCGGUGGAGAGCGCAAAAGAGUCAGCAUCGCCGAGGCUCUGAUCGGUUGGAGCCCCCUUCAAUGCUGGGACAACAGCACAAGAGGCUUGGAUAGUGCCACUGCUCUUGAGCUUAUUCGCACCCUACGCCUCUUCACGAAGUCGGCCGGAUCUACCGCAAUCAUGAGCAUUUACCAGGGAUCCCAACACAUGUACGACACUUUCGACAAAGUGACGGUGCUCUACGAAGGCCAUCAGAUCUUCUUUGGCAGCACUUCUCGGGCAAAACAAUACUUUGAAGAGCUGGGCUUUCGGUGCCCCGCCGAAGCAACAACCGCUGACUUUCUUACCUCCCUGACCAACCCAGCUGAGGCUGAAAGUCUAGUAUUGGACGAGUACAAACUCCAGGCUCCACGUACAGCAGUCGAAUUUAGAGAACGUUGGCUGUGCAGUGCCGACCGAUCGCAACUUCUACAAGAAAUUCACUCCUACGAAGCCGAGUUUCCACUUGGCGGCCGCCACCUGGAAGCUUUCUCCCGCAUGAGACAGCACGAGAAAUCUCCAAAACUUCCGCAGCACUCCCCGUACAACAUGGCCUUACUCGAGCAAAUGAGGCUUUGUAUCCGCCGCGGCUUCCAAAGACUACGCAACAAUUGGAGCGUCCCGCUCUCCAGCAUCAUUGGAAACGUAAUCAUGGCUGUUAUAGUCUCAAGCAUAUUCUACAACUUGAGCCAAACGACGGACAGCUUCAACAAUCGUGGAGUUUUGAUAUUCUUUGCCACUCUUCUUAAUGCAUUCAUGAGCGCGUUUGAGGUUCUGCAAAUGUGGGCGCAGCGCCCCAUUGUUGAAAAGCAAAGUAGAUUCUCCUUCUACUAUCCGUUUGUCGAGGCCGUGGCGUCCAUGAUCUGUGACCUUCCCGCCAAGAUCCUCACAUCAAUCUUCUUCAACCUCACCCUCUACUUCAUGACAAACCUCCGAAGAACUCCUGGUGCAUUUUUCACAUUCUACCUCUUUUCAUUCGUCGGACUCUUGACCAUGUCUAUGUUCUUCCGCAUGGUAGGUUCUGUCUCUCGCACUAUUGAACAGACAAUGGCUCCCGUCGGCAUAUUCCUCGCAAACUACAUGAUCUACUGCGGAUAUGUCAUUCCAACUCGUUACAUGCACCCGUGGUUGCGCUGGGUUGGAUAUAUCAAUCCCGUCAGCUAUGUUUUUGAGAGCUUGAUGAUCAAUGAGUUCUAUGACCGUCGCUUCGAGUGCGCAAGCUACGUACCAGCCGGUCCGGCAUAUCAAUCCGUAACCGGAAAUGAGCGAUCAUGCACCGCUGUUGGCUCUGUGGUCGGCCAGGAUUACGUUGAUGGGGGCACAUUCAUCAAGCAAAAUUUCGAGUACUACCAUUCGCACAAGUGGAGGAACCUUGGUAUUCUGUUCGGCAUGAUGGUCUUCUUUUGCACUAUCCAUCUGCUGGCUGCCCAAUUCAUUCAAGCCCAACGAUCCAAAGGAGAGGUCCUGCUAUUCCGCAGACGCCAUGCACCUAAGCCUAAAACUGAAGACGACGAAGAGAACGCAGCGCAGAAUGUGCCAGCAGUGAAAAGAGAAGACCACCAACCACACGAAAUCGGCUUAACAUCGAACAUUCAACAGCAGACGGCCAUUUUUCAUUGGAGUGGCGUCAGCUAUGACAUCAAAGUGGGCAAGGAGACAAAGACGCUUCUUCAAGAAGUCGACGGAUGGGUCAAACCGGGAACUCUUACGGCGCUAAUGGGAGCCACCGGCGCAGGAAAGACUACAUUGCUGGACGUCCUCGCUUCGAGAGCUUCAGCUGGCGUUGUCACCGGCCAGAUCAUGGUCGACGGCCGCCAGCGGGAUACCGGAUUCCAGCGCAAGACGGGCUACGUUCAACAGAUGGAUCUGCAUUUGCCGACGGCAACUGUUCGGGAAGCCCUGAACUUCAGCGCGCUCCUGAGACAGCCUGCCUCGGUCCCAAAACACGAGAAGUUGGCUUACGUUGAUGAGGUACUCCGGCUCCUGGAAAUGGAGGCAUACGCCGAAGCGAUCGUUGGGGUACCCGGAGAAGGUCUGAACGUAGAGCAACGGAAGCGCCUCACGAUUGCAGUCGAAAUGGCAGCCAAGCCAGAGCUUUUACUCUUUCUCGACGAGCCGACAUCUGGUCUUGAUAGCCAAACAGCCUGGUCUAUCUGCAUGCUGCUCCGCAAGUUGGCCUCCCACGGACAGGCCAUUCUGUGUACCAUCCACCAGCCAUCCUCAAUCUUGUUUCAAGCCUUCGACCAGCUUCUCGUCCUGGCUAAGCCAGGGAGGACCAUCUACUUUGGACCCAUUGGCGAGGGCGCGAGAUGCGUGAUCGAGUACUUCGAAAGCAACGGCGCCUGCAGACCCUGCGAGCCGGGAGACAAUCCAGCCGAGUGGAUGCUCGAGAUAGCCACCAGAUCAAACCCGACGACCAUGACCAUGGCCGACAAAUGGCGCGAUUCAGCCCAACGCAAGGCCGUGAAGAAGCAGCUGCGCGAAUACGAGGAGACUCUGCCCUCGCGCCACGCCGAUGCUCCAGUAAACCCAGAGGCGUCAAAAACCAGCCUGCGGGAAUUCGCCGUCCCCUUCUCCGAACAGCUGUCCAUCGUAGCGCGCCGCUGUUUCCAGCAGUACUGGCGCACGCCGUCGUACUUCUGGUCCAUGUUCGUCCUCUGCACGGGGACGGCCUUCUUCAUCGGCUUCUCCUUCUGGCUGUCGCCCAACACGAUCCAGGGCCUGCAGAACCAGCUCUUCGCCAUCUUCCUGGUGCUGACCAUGUUCAGCAACAUCAUGCAGCUCGUCAUGCCCAAGUUCGCCGCCGACCGCGCCCUCUUCGAGAGCCGCGAGCGCCAAUCAAAAACGUACGGCUGGCCCGUCUUCGUCUUGUCGAACAUGCUCGUCGAACUGCCCUGGCAGUCGCUCAUCGCCGUCACCGUCUUUUUGACGUGGUAUUUCCCACUGACGGGUGGUGCUGCAGGCGAAAACGAACGCGCGGGCCUGACGUUCGUUUUGAUUUGGGCCUUCAUGCUCUUCAGCAGCACCUUCUCGCACCUCGUCGUCGCGGGCAUCGAGCACGCCGCCACGGCCAUCCACGUCGCCCAGCUGCUCUUCUACCUCGUCCUCAUCUUCUGCGGCGUGCUCGUCGCGCCCGCCGCGCUGCCGGGCUUCUGGCUUUUCGUGCACCGCGCCUCGCCGCUGACGUACGUCGUCGGCGGGCUGGUGUCGGCGGUGCUGGGAGGCGGCGGUGCGAACGGCGUUGUUGAAUGCGCUGAUGUUGAGGCGCUGACGGUCGUCGUGCCGCGAGACCUGAGGGGAAACACCAGUUGUGCGGAGUAUCUAGCCGCGUAUCAGAGCUAUGCGGGUGGGAGCGUGCUGAAUCCGGAUGAGAUGGGGGGCACGUGUCGGUUCUGUCCGCUGGCGAGCGUGGAUGCGUACAUGGAUAGCGUUGAUAUUAGGUAUGAGGAGCGGUGGAGGGACUGUGGGCUGGUCUUCGUGUACGUUGUGUUUAAUGUUUGCGCUACUUUUGUCGUCUACUGGCUCCUCCGUGUGCCGAAGCGGCAGAGGUUGGUUGACAGGCCGCGUGAAGAUGACGACGGGGCUGGGGCGGCGGAGCGUGGCGAGAAGUGA